GGGGGACAGCAGGAGGGAAAAUGAUCCGUUUAUCGAGGGGCAGUACCUUUACAGCUCGACUCUUCUUACACCGCAAUUCCUUUCUUCCUUAUCACUCUCUUCGUCUGGAAAGAUCAAUUGUCUAUAACAUGACCAAGGAGACUACACCACCUCCCACCACAACAGAAUCAACUACCAAACCCACCGUUAGCCACGAACCUCCCUCCCUCCCCGCUUCACCCCUCGCCAAACGAACAAAGCCCACCGCCGAAAAGAUGCCUUCUAACGAGACCCCCGUCACCUCUAUCGCCCAGCCCCUCCCUCCCCUCCUCGUUAAGAAGCUCAAUGAGCACGCCACCGCCCCUACCAGGGGAUCUGCUUUCGCGGCCGGCUAUGACAUCUACAGCGCCAAGGAGACCGUGAUCCCGGCCAAGGGCAAGGCGAUGGUUGAGACUGGUAUUGCUGUUGCUGUGCCUGCUGGAACUUAUGGUCGUGUGGCUCCUCGUAGUGGUCUCGCUGCUAAGCACUUCAUCGAUACCGGUGCUGGUGUCAUUGAUGCCGACUACCGUGGUGAAGUCAAGGUUCUGCUGUUUAACUUUUCCGAUGUCGAUUUCACCAUUAACAAGGGUGACCGCAUUGCGCAGUUGGUUCUGGAGAGAAUCUAUACCCCUGAAGUUCAGGUUGUCGAGGAAUUGGAAGAGAGUGUCCGUGGCGCUGGUGGAUUCGGAAGCACCGGUGCUUAAAUGUUCAAAAAAAACUUAUAUAAAUAUUC